GUUGGAUUUGAAGUAGCAAAAGCAACCAAUUCAAAUUAUUUGAAACAGUGGGAAAUUUAUGUUUUCUUUAUUUAUAUUACACAUUAUUUGGCAUUAUGGAAUUCACUCCAAGUUUAACGGCAUUUCAAGGAGUACUUAUAGCAGCUGACAGCACGUAUUCUUUUUCUACAUUGACUUCAAAAGGAGGUAAUGAAUCUAAAAUACGGUAUAUUGUAGACUUAUUCAAGGAUUUUUUAGCCAAAGAAAAUCACAUCGUUGGAAACAAAGUUAAUUCGAAAUCUAUAAAUGAUUUGCGCAAAUUCGCUUUUUAUAUUGUUAUCAAUUCGGACCUUAAGAUAUUGAAUGAUUUAGUUGAUUUCGAUGGUCUUGAAUAUGUUAUCUGGACCUCACCUAUAAUGCCUAAAUAUUUGAUGUGUGAAAUUUUGUGGCAACUACAUAUGGACAGAUAUAUUUAUGAAAUAAUUGUGUUCAGCUGUCCAAAAUUAGCUAUAGAAGUAGCAGAUGCUGUGUUAGAAAAUUUUAAAUAUUUUAAUCCAACAGAUUCCUUGCUUAAAAUAAGAACGUUGACCUCUGCGUGUUAUAGAAUGAUACAGAGAUUAGUUUACUUUAAAAUUGAUUUAAAUGUGCUAACACAGGCAUUUAGAAACUUUGAAAAGUGCCUUAGAUAUUUUAGGGAACUACCUAAUGCAAUAAAAUUGAAAACACUUCAAGGUGAUGAAAAAUAUCAUUUUAUGGGAAGGCAAAUGUAUUUUAUCCUGUGUGUAAUAAUAGAGAGUAUGGAUAAUUAUUGUUUAACCAAAAAAUUUAAAUCACCUGACUUUCAAGAACUAUACAAAUUAACCUACAGGCAAGGUGCUGUUGUAAACAAAGAUUCGUGUGUAAUUACCACUAAUAAAUAUAAAAAUUUGCUGGAAAUUUUGGAUAAGUCUAAUGAAGCUCUAUUGGACACUUGUAAAUAUUUAGCCAUGGAUGUUAACGUAAACGUAUUUUGUGCUUGGAGUGAAUUUGAAUUUCAAGGUCAAAACAGUAUGCAAAAAGUUAUUGGUAUGUUAACUUACAAGAUUUUGUGUAUAAUAUGUAGAAUACCAAAACUUAAAAAUCACCCGGUACAAAGUUUUUUAAGAGAGAUUGCCUAUAAACCCGUAAACUUUGCUGAAAUAAUUAAUGUACUUAGCGCACGAGAUAUUAUACAUAAAAUAGUUAACGACAAGGAAAGACAAAAAUGGAUUAAAGCACUUUUGUAUAGACACAAGUUGUUUGAAGACAUUGCUCUUGUUGAGCUAAUCGAAACCCAUUUAGAACUUUUUGAUAGUGACGAAUGUCACAGAUUGUUUAAAACAAUGUAUGAAUACCUAAACGUAAAUGUUGCUACAGAAAAUGAAGAAAAAAAAAUAUUAGCAAGUAAAAUAUUUCAACGUUGUAGCAGUUUUGCGAAGUAUGACAUUAUUGAGAUGCACUUUAAUAAAAACAUUUUUAUUGAUACUUUGGAAACUACAGAAUUUGAUAGUAUGGUAACUGAAAUUUUUAAUAAACUUAUUAAUACACCAAAUAUGGAUUUGUCUAAAGUUUUUAAUGUAUUUAUACAAAAUCCUCGAAAAGUAUUUACCAAAAUAUUUACUGUAGCUUGUGAUGGUACGGAACAAACUAAUACAAUGAUCGCAGUGAUGAAACCAUUCGAAAAAUAUUUUAAUCAUUACUACGAAAAGGAUACUGAACCAUGUAUUAUACUAGUACUUAAAGAUAUAAUUGCCAGUAUUUUAGAAUGUGAAACGAAACAAAAUCAUUUUAUAAGAUUUUUAAUUUCCCUUAAGAAGUCAGGGGCUAUUCCUGGACCAAAAUUACUUUUACUUAUAAUUAUGCCAAACUUGCAUAAGGCACUUCUAAAUAAAAAUAUAUUUGAUGUUGAUCUACAUUGCAAGCUCAUACAAGAAUGCUACCCUCUCCCAGAACUAAUAGACUAUAGACCACCAAUACUAGCCAUGUUUGCUCAAGUACUUGAUACUGUGAGAUGGAAAAUGGAUACUUAUUCACCAAUAGCACCUAUGACUUUGGAACGGGUCAUUAAAAUACAAACCAUGAUUUUGUUCACAUAUGGAUUACAGAUUCCAGCUAAGGACAGCAGAUGGUUAAGAUGUAAGAUAAGAAAUAUUAACCCACUGAAUAUGUAUUACUAUAGGUACCUUUGGGACCCACCAGGAAACACAUUUGCUGAGGUUAUCAGUGGUAUAAGAAUACAUAAAAACAUGGAUAAAGAAAAUUUAACAUUAUGGCUUUCUAAGGUGCUUUGUUGUACUAUAGUUCAAGAAUGGUGUCUAAUUUGGGAGAGUAUGCAACAAUUUGGAAACAGACAAUUACUGGAUCUUUUUCAUGAUGCCUUACUGUUAUUAUUUGUAGCGGAAAAAACAAUUCACACAGAAACUAGCAAGGCAUGUUUAAUGUUUUGUAUGCAAAAUUUCGUGUGUACAAUAAGGUAUCAAUUCUUGAAGGAUUCAAUUACUGAUAAUCAAGUAGCAGCAGUAUUCAACAAAUUUCUACUAACAGAAAAGUUAAUAGAAGAACAUGAUUUAUGCCAUUUUGCUAUAACAUUUAUACCUUUAUUAUCAUACAUAGCAGAAGCAAAGCCAGAUAUUAGUAUUGAAACAGUACAAAAGACAAAAGAUAAACUAAAAUAUAAGGAAUUUUGCAGUUUAUUUUAUGAUAUGUUUUUAAAAAAUAGGAAAAACUAAAAAUACACAUAAUGAAACUUCAUCUUUAUUGUUUUUGUUAAGCUACCUUAAGAUACAUUACAGUGAAAACACAAUUUAAUUCAUUUGUUUUUAAUGCUGUUUCUAAAAUAUUAUUUUAAAAGUACAGUCAAUUUAAUAACAAUUUAGAAUAUCUCAAAUAAAAUUUUCAUACAAAAUUUAUAUAAACUAAUAGACGCUAAUACCUUUUGUACUAAAUACUGUGUGUACUAAUAUAAUGAAUGUUUAUAUA